CAGGGAAACAUACUCCGAGCGCAGGGCAAGGAUUGGCACCCGAACUGCUUUAAAUGCACUCAAUGUGCGAUUCCUCUCAAACCGGACAACUUUUACGAGAAGAACGGCAAACCCUAUUGCGAAGACGAUUACCACAAACUAUUCUCUCCGAAGUGCGGCGGAUGUCUGUUCCCCAUCACUGAUGGUCAAAUAGUGAACGCGAUGGGGAAGCCGUGGCAUCCAUUGUGUUUCAAGUGUACCGAAUGUGCCAUUCCUUUAACUCCACCGCAUUUUCGCGAAAAGAAUGGAAAGCCUUAUUGCGAAAGGGAUUACAAUCGGCUCUUCGCUCCUCCCUGUCAUGGAUGCAGUCUUCCCAUCACUGAUCCGUCAACAAUGGUUAAGGCAAUGGGCAAGAAUUGGCACCCACAGUGCUUUCACUGCUAUGAGUGUCACCGACCCCUCACUCCCAGUAAUUUCAUGGAAAAGAAUGGCAAACCUUAUUGUGAAGACGAUUAUCACAAACUAUUUUCGCCCAAAUGUUCGGAAUGUCUUCUUCCCAUUAGAGGAACUCCAUUGGUAGCGAUGGGCCGUCAGUGGCACCCGAACUGCUUUAAGUGCUAUCAAUGCGGUAUACCUUUGAGUCCCAAUAAUUUCAAAGAAAAGGAUGGAAAGCCUUAUUGUAAUAAACACUUUCAAGAGAUGUUUUUGCCUAAAUGUUACGGAUGUAAACUACCCAUUGCUGAUAAAGUACUUACGGCAUUGGGUCAUAACUGGCACCCGGACUGCUUCUGUUGUGCCGUUUGUCACAAACCGUUGGGAAGUGAGGGAUACCGUGAAAAGGAUGGUCUGCCGUACUGUGACUUUGACUAUCACGCCCUCUUCUCGCCCAAGUGUGGGGCGUGUCAGGCGCCCAUUCGGGAGGUAUGUGUUCAU